AAAUUCUUGAUGUUGACAUAAAUUUUUUUCUGUUGCCAUCUGUUCUGUCUUUGUUGGCCGGUUUUGCUUCUGUAGAGAUUUUCGUAGACGAACUAGCAUUCCCAUCGAGGUUACACCGAGCGAAUAUCGACUGAAUAAAUUAUCUUUCGGAAUUACAGUAAUGGUUUCCUGUUGGUAAGGCCAGAGGCACACAAGCGAAGGCGAAUUGAAGUAUCGAGCGGUAAAUUAUAGAUGGAAUGUCAGAAUACGAAAAUACUAUGAGGCAAGACAUAACGACAACAUGUACAAUUUUCCAAACGAAGCUGGUCGACCGGUCUCUGUUGCUUCGCCGAGCAGUGUAAGAGGCAAAUUGAAGAGAGAAAGCGGUUACUAUGCAGAAAGUUGGUCGUCUUCGCCUUUGACAAGAGAGACACUCAAGCGAAAUGCGGAAGAAGGCAACAAGAGAGAGGUAAUUAAACGAAUAUCUUUCGUUCUUUCUUCUUCUCUGAAAAGAUCACAAUUCUUGUUUAGUGCGUGAACUCUUUGCUAAAACCGUUUCCUGCGGAGCUUUUGUUUCCACGGUGGUUGAACAUUUGUCGAAUCAUGUAUACUUGUGUACGUGUACAUAUCUUAUAAAAUGCUACAGUUUUUAUGCCGAAUAAUUCUCGCAUAUUCUUUAUACAAAUUCAGAGCUAGUUUUUACUGAGGAAAUGAAGUCUUCUUCAAUACCUAACCGCUUCUUAAUUAGAGAAAAAGCCGAUAUCAGUAGUUUAAAAUUAUAUUUCGAAGGCUACUUGCAAUGCAAUUAAUGGAAUGACAGAUUUCUUUGGCAAGUAUGCUCUCCUGGAAAAUCGAACGGAAUGAAAACAGAUUAGUGUUGACGUUCUCGGCUGUGUUAAAACUUUUGCUAACUGCUGUGUGCGUUUGUUGAUUCUCUGUAACGCGAUCUAGUGUUAAAUUAUUUGGAAUUUUAUAAUUUGCCUGCCUCGAAGUUUCUGAGUCAAUAAUUUCACUUGCUCGGAAAAUGAAAUUUUUCUGUAAAUGUAUCACUUUUCGCUCAGAACAUCGCCAGGACUAAAGGCUUUCCUGUUCUUCAAUCUAUUCUUCAGAUUACCGAUAAACUUCGUUUGAGUACACGUUACGCAUUCUGUGAUAUUUAUACACUUAUAAUUAAGAAUCCAGACAAGUGUCUAAAACGGUAUUAAAAGUAGCAGAUAUGAAAAGUUACUUUUCUGGUAUUGCACAGAAAUGUGAGAUAAAAUUUUUGAUGGAAAAUUUAAUUUAAUUAAAGGACAGGAAACAGCGGGGGAGCCGUUUUCAAAAUUGUGGCGGUCGUGUUAUUGUCUACUGUCAACUCCAUGUGACAUUAUUGAGGUUAAUGUAAACAAAACUGAAGAUCAGAAGUACUAAAUGAAGUGUUUGUCAAGCCAUAUAUGCAAAUUUUACUUGAUGAGAUAUAUGCCUAUAUAACUGAAUUAAGUUGUCAGGAAUUCACGUCUAGUUUGAUUCUGUAAUCUCCUGAAUGAUGUAUUCUAGAAAACGAAAACUUGGAGACUUUGAAAUUCAUGAAUAAUUGACGUUCGUAAAUGAACCCAAACCCAGCUCUAGUUAAUUUUUUUUUCAUUCCAGCUGCAAACAUUAUUAAUAUUUUAAUGCCAUUUUAUCCUGUAACAAGAACUAUUACUUCAAAACUAAAAAAAGCAUCACAAUUGUGUAAGUUCUUAUUGUUCGAUACUUUUUCAAUUGAGUGUUCAAAUGCAUAGUAUCUAUAUUAACUAAAUAUAAUAACCACUAACCAAAUUCUAUAUGCUACUCCUCAAAGUUCUUGAUAACUAAAUGCCUUGUGUUUGGACAAGUCAAGUGAAAAUUGUCACAAUUGAUAAAUCCCUUUCUUUACCUAAGUAUGUUCACAAACCUUCAACUCAAGUGUUGUUAUGCAGAGGAACUCAAACCUUGUUUGAAGUAUUACUGGCUCUAUAGAAACUACAGAUCAUAGUGCACUCAGCAAGAGUAUGAGAGAUUGUGAGACAUAAUCAGACAUAAAACUUGAAAUUAAAGUUAUAUUUGCAUUUAAAUCAAUACAGUCAAACCUGUAUUAGAUGGUCAACCACCAGGAAUGGGGUGUGAAUGGGGGAGGGGGGGUGAUCACUUGAUAUAGGUUCCAUAGAAUAGGGGUAAUAUAAAAAAUGAUUAAAAAAAGGGUUAUUUUAUGCUAUAAUUAACCACUUCAUGUACAAAAACUUGUUUAACCUUUUAACUCCCAGAAGUGAUUAACAUGUGACUUCCCCCUAUAAUAACCUCUGCUCAUCCAACAAACAGGUUGUAAGAAAACUCAAACUUAUCCGUUUAAAGUUGUUAUCUUAAUCUAACAUCAAAUUCUUGAUACUAAUUUACAAAGAAAUGUUUAGCAGCUAGAGGGGAGAAUCAACAAUCAGAUCUUGGAAGUUAAAGGGUUGAUGAUACCACUAACAUUGAUUUUGGGAGAGAAACAAGGAUUACUUUUAUUUGAAAUAUUAUUCUGUGCUUUAUUUUCAUGAGUGGUUCUGGUUUUAGUGACUGUUCAAUACAUAUAGUGGAAGACAAGAUAAAUAGGCUGUUGGGCCUGAUCCAAAGGUGACCAUGUCUGCCUAACCCCUUACACCUUAACAUCAGUAUGCAUAUUCUCCACACUGUUCUCUAUACAUUUCCCAAGGUGGUGACAAGGAGAAUUUGUUUAACAAUCAAAAGCUUCUUUCGUUGGUGAUCAUUCCCUUUAUUCUCAGAACCUUAACAUGUGAUUUAGUGGUGAUAUUGUAAGGAGAAAUUACAUGCUAGUCACUCUAAGGGGUUAAAGAGCACUUAGAACAGGGUGACCAUUUAAAAUGGUGCCACUUAUUACAGGUUUAACUUUAGUUCAUUCAUUGAUCUGCUGAUGAAAUACAAGAUAAGAAAUUAUCCUUACUUUGUUAGUUGCAAAGGAAGAAAUAGCAGAAUGAAAACCUGAAAAAAUUCAGCUUGUAUCUGGAAGGAACAGGCUCCAAUCCUGCUAAAACCAGAAGUUUUUCAAGUUCCUUUUCUGAAAUUCUUUACUAUUGCUGCUUACUUGCAAGGAUCACUUCUCUACUUGUAAAGUAAAUAAGAAGUUUUGCACUUGCAGUAGAAUGAAAACUCACCACAAUUCCAAAGCAGUAAGCAAGUUUUUUUAUUUUAACCAGAAAUCCAGUAAUAGCAAGCUGUCAACAUCUUUUCUUUUCAGUCAUUUUCUCUGGCAAUGAGACCUGAGUGUUUAAAUUUUUGGUUCGAAUGGUAGCAGUCAUCAUUAUAAGACUUUAUUUUUCAUCAGUGAUCUCUUUUUUGUAUAUCUCAGUAACUGUCAACAGUUAAAAAUAUUACUUAAUUUGCAAAAUCAAGCUGGCUUUUCCUGUAAGAUCUUGCUGCUUCUCUUAAAUUUUAUUAUAGUGAAUGCAAGUUUUAUCUCCCCCAAUCUCUAUAUUCUACUCUCAAUGGGUCUAAACCCUUAAUGUUCUAAAGGAUACACAAUAUUUUCUUAUUACAAUUUCAAUACCUACAUGUAAUACCUGUCAGAGGUGUUGUCUUGAUAGGAUUUUGAAUUCUCCGCAUUAACUUUGACAGAAUGUUUAUAUACCAGGACCCAGUUUUUCAUAGGGUGAACAAUGCUAUCCUAUGGAUAAAUUUUUAUCGACAGGAGAGAGAUUUAUUCAGUGUAUAGGCUCGUACACCAUUUGAACAACCAGGGCCAGUAUGAAAAUUUACAACCAGAUAUUGGUUAGUUUCAGAGUUCGGAGUUGUGGGGUGUGAAUGAAAAAAGAGAACUCUUUGUUGUCCCCCACCCCUACUAAGACACACUCUUGUCCUUGCUAAUUAUUCAGUAUCUGUGUGUCAAUUUUUUUUUUUUUCAUGAACUAUGUGCCACAUUAUUCAGCUGAUAUCCUAUAAUGAACUUGUUCCAUUUAGCUCAUGCCAUGUUCUAUUUGAAAGGGAUUAACUGCAAUAUCAACAAUGCGGAAGGGGUUUUGUGUGGCAUUCAAAUGAAUGAAUGUUUCUGUUGUCACGGCCCUUGUUAAAUUUAAUAUGGAGAUUUUAAGAAAAUGAUUCUAUUUAAAUUUUAAUGUACAGGGAAUUAGUUUACAUAAGGUUCUAACUGUAAUUGACUUUUUAAUUUCUGUGAAGUUGUGAUCUUAAUUGGAAAAUCUAUCUUCUGUCACUUUCCAAUUGUAGUGGUGCAUCCUUUCUCUUGUGGGUUUUCUUUUUGUGGUUUGAAUGUCUUUUUCAUUCCUUCAAUAUCCAUUAUUGUUAUGCAAAAUUUAUUCUUCUUGAGGCAGUCAACCAAAACAGAAGCCCUGUAUAGGAGUCAAACUUAAGUUUCAUUUUUUUUGUUGAUUCCUUUGUAGUAUUUCAUUUUAAGUAGAGAUCUCUUGAUUUGAAAUGUUUUAAACAUAAGUUGAAUCCAGUGAAAACAAGAUUCUUUGUGAGUUUGUCAAGAUGCCUAACAUACCGCCUAACAUUAUAGUUUUCUCAAGUGGAUUUCAUAAUGGUGAACAGAAUGCGUCGUGAUCCCUGUGUAAACAAAAAAACAAAAUGUCUGACAAGGAGAAAAAUCAAUCUGAAGAUCUAUUCACGGUAAACAGUUUUUAAGUUGUUAUUUUAUUUUGCAGGUGUCUAUUACUUUUUAGGGGUAUUCUAAAAUAUUAUUCUGUCUUAUUGUGUCACUUAACAGGAGCAAUACGUUGCGUGGGUGAAUUCACAGCUUAAGAAAAGAGCUGGGAACCGUUGUGUUCGUGAGAUCCCACGGGACACAAGAGAUGGUGUUGCUUUGGUUCAGCUUGUGGAAGUGCUGGGUGAGGUUUAGUUCUUUUUAUUAAGUUAACUUGGAUUUUCAUGCAUACAGCUUAGUUUCACACACUCCAUUGCACUGAAGUGAUAGAAUACUGUGAUAUCUCAGGUAUCUGGUGCAAAUAUUGACACUGCCUCUAACAAGUGUCACCUCAACUUAAUUAAAGACUAAACUGUAUGCAUCCUUAUGUGCUUAAAGUUGAAGCCUUAGCUAAUCUUAUUAUAAGUCAAAAUUAGUGGUCUGGAUCCAGUUUCUCUGAAAGGACUUUGAUAUUCUUUAUUAAUGUUGUCUUCUACUGAGUAUGUGCACAUCACAUCAUUGUGUUUGUUAUCAUUUAGACCAUGAUAUAUUAAUCAGAAAAAAUAAUAAUAACAUUCAUUAUCACUAUCUUUGCUCUGGUUUGACACUUGGUAACUAAUGUUGUUUGGAAAUAGCAUGUGUUGGCCUAAUGUUCUGUCAGUGAUAAAAACAACAGUUAUAAGUUUUAAGGUGUUAGAAGCAAUGUUUCAUCACUCCUAGACCACCAAAUGAGUUCUUAAACUUUUGAAAUUUUAUUGUCAAUGAGACUCUCUCAGUGUAUAUUCCUUGAUUUUGUGAAGAUAAUUUUCAAGAUCCCUAACAGUAAAAUAUUCCUGGUGAUUCAUGAACCUGUGCUUAAGUAUUAAAUUUAGACAGACUGUGAUGCUUGAAGUUCUUUGUGAAUUUUUUUUUAGCCUUACUGCUUGAUUAGCUGUAACGAGUUGGAAAGCAAAGAUUCUCAGUCACUGGCAAGAAUCUGAAAACCACUAUUUAUAAUUUGGAAAUGUGUUAAAAAUGUGCACUUGAUAAUCCCUCCCAUAUGUUAUUAAUAUACUGGAUUUAUAACUCAGCAUGCUAAAUUAAUCUCUCCUGGAUUGUCAUAUUUGUUUUGAUUGUCAUCAUUCCAUCUGUAAUACAGAAUAAAUGACUGAAAAACUAUAUCCAUUGAUGUGGGUCUAUGCAAGAUGUUUCCUAUCCUCUCUGUAAAAGAAGUUACUGUGCGUGAACUAAUUUUGAAUUCAGUUAAUAGUUUUAGUGGCCACCAUAUGAAUAUAUAAAUAAAUUUUUAGUAUGGUCUACUGAGCACAACACCUGAAAUAAUCUAUCUAAUGUGUUAGAACCACAUGUUUGUUGUAAAUGUCACUUAAGCAGGGAUAAGAGAGACAAAUUAUUCAUUGCUUAUCAGUGCCUUGUAUAAUUGACUGUUGAAUGAAUGGUUACACUGAGUGGCAAUUAUUUCAAAUUAUUUGUUUGGGUAGAUCUUACAGACAAAGAAUGCUAGGAAUUAAAAAAGAAUAAUUCAAAUUAUUAUUUCACACAGUGAAUGUUAAAGCUUGCGUUGACAAUAAUUAAUCAGAGUUCUUACUGGCACUUUUUUAUGUUGUUGCUCAAUAAUAAGUGAAAUCUAAUUUCUUUGUCUGCUUUGUGCAAUACACAUCAAUUUUCACAAGAAAUGUGCGGUCAGUGAGUUCACCCAUAGGGUGACAGUGUGCAGCACAAAAGUGCGUGGGGUUGACUCUAUGUGUUGGGACCAAUAAAGUUAACCAAGGUUUUUAUGUGUCUUUUUUUCUUACCUUUUCAGCUGGUGAAGCUCUGAAGUUUGAUGACUCUCCAACAACAUAUGCAGCUAAAAAAGAGAAUGUAGACCAGGUCUUGCAAUUCAUGGCCUCCCAGAGAAUCAAAAUGAGACAGAUCUCAUCAAAAGGUAAGCAAAAGAGUGAUAAACAAUUUGAAGUCUUUUGCAUUCUGGCACUAAAUCUAUGAAUCAUUUGGUCAGCGUGUUGGCUGAACUAAAUUAUUAUAUCAAUUCAAUUUCAAAAGAAUUUUAUGUAGUUUGAGAAAUAGGCACAUUAAAAUUUUGAUGAUGUGGUUUUUCAUAUUGUUAAUGUCAAAAAGGCAGGGUUUGAAUCUUUCUGUGUUAGGGCAAUCACUUCAAGUUUUACCUUCAAAAUCUUGAAAAUAAUUUUUCCUUUUUUAGAAAUUGUGGAUGGGAACUUAAAAGCCACAAUGCGGCUUGUGCUUGCCCUGGCAGCCCACUUCAAACCUGGAAGUGUGAAGCCAAAUUCACAUCAGGGUGGCUCUCCUUCACAUACCAAGCUCACUCGCAGUCCAUCUGCUGCAGCGGCUGCCGCUGAGGCUGCUGCUGCUAUUGGUGAAGCCAGCAGGAAGGCUGCAAGUGCUGGUCGUCAAAUACACAUGCCAUUCAGGCUCAGGUAAUGAAGCUUGUCAUCCCAAAGAAAACAUAAAUUUGGGGAUAAUGUUUGAUUUGACACCAAUGUUUGAUUUGACACCAAAUUCUCAAAUCUAAAAUUGUAAGAAAUUUAUGAUGGAGCACUGAGUGCAGAGAAUCAAUGUUUUCAUCUUUAGAGUGACAGGAUUAAUAGAAAACCUGGGGUUAAAGAAAGUUGUCCUAUCUGUGGUGUCUUUUACUAGUUUUUCAUCUACUUUUUGAACUUUUCUUUUAAUUUUCAGAAAAACUCCAAAGAACUUGCCUGUAACACCAAAGACAGAGCGGCCUCCUAUUGAUGCCAGUCCAGGAAGCAGCCCUUUACUUUCUGCAUCACCCCUUAAUACACCAUUAAACAGAACUCCUGUUCGCAAGAUAAGUAGGCCAUCAAGUGCAGAAUCUAGACAUGACAAAGACAAUGGGUCAGAUGGCUCCAAUGUUAGCAGUGGCGCUACCACACCCAGACUACAACACAGAGACCUUGCAGCACUUCAGUCCAUGUCUGAUUCUGAGUCUAUUUUAUCAAAGGAUCUGUCAAGAAAUAGUCAUUCCAGUACCUUUCCAAAUUUAGAGUUUCUGCAAGAAGUAACUGAAGGGUUGGAAAACAUGGAAGAUGAAACAAAUACUGUAAAGGAAACUCUGUUACAUCUGCAGAACUUGGUGAGUUUGUUUUGUUACUGUGGUUCUUUGCAGCACUAAUAUUGUUUGUUGUUUGAGAAAAAAACCAGGGAAACCAUCAUACAGUUUAACCAUGUUUUUGAGUACCAUAUAAAACUUUUGGCAAUCAACCUAGUCAGAGUUACUAGCAUCUACUUUCUCCUCACAAUAUCACCCCUAAAUCACACAAUGAGGUUAUGAGAAUUAAGGAAAUGAUCAUUACUUGAAGAAGCUCUUGAUUGUUGAACAAAUUCUCCUUGUCAACACCUUAGGAAAUGUAGAGACAACUGUAUAAAGAAUAUGCAUGCUGAUGUUAGGGUAUAAAGAGUCAACUGUUCUACUCCUGGGAGUGAAAGGGUUAAGAGCAGAAACUCCCAUAACUACUUUGAAAAACGAGAGACCAAAAUUUCGUGGUAGAAAAUUCAUGAUGGAAAAAACACACAAAAACAAGAAUUUAGAAUUGUCAAGAAACUCCUAAUAAUUUCAUUGUGACAUCAAAUUUAGAAUUAUUUUAAAGACCAAUGAUCCCCAUUUGCUAUCAUUUCCCAACUUUUUUAGACACAUUAAAGACUUGAGAACAAUUUUUUUGGCUAUUUUACAGUUGCUGGAUGGCAGAGUGGAGGAGGAUGAGAUUCCUGAAGAGUACUGUGGCCUUGAGGGUUCAACAGUGCAAGAGCAACUGACGAUUGUGAGCAGUCGACUUGAUCAAAGAGAAGCAGAAUAUGACAGCCUAAAAACAGAACUUAACAAGUCUAAAGAAGAGUGUAUUAACUUACAAGGUGUGUGCUAAUUUUGUGUGUAAGUGCAAGAGACCUUUUGUGUAUACAGUGAUUAACUUGAUACUUCAAAGCUGUGACAUCAGCCUAUUAGGUUGCUUAUUGGCAACUGAAGUCAAACACUGGUUAGAACUCUUGAGAAAAUUUAAAAUUAUUGCAAUAGGACUGAGUGGAGUCCAAUUUGGUUUGUAAUCAUACAAAAUCGGCCAACCGUGAAGCAGGAGUACAAUUUGUUUUUCACAAGUCUGAUUUCAGACAGAAUUGGACAACAUGAAGUACUGUUACCAAUUAAUUAAAACUAUGACAAAAUUUGAGAAAGAAACCAGACAUAGGUUGUACAUUUUCAUAAAAAAUCAACAGUUAACUCAACAACACGCAUUCAUGAUGCGUUCUGUCCACUUACAUAGGCAUGAUGUAUUAACUGUCCCUUUAACUGUCCUAUUACACUGUCCAAUGAAAAGCAUGAAGUGUAUGCUGUCCUAUUAGUGCUCAAAUUGGGCUGGUGAUAACCAAUUACAUUCAAGAAUUUUGUUAUAGUUUUGAUUAACUCUUCUACGUUUGGUAGUGCAGUAGUGAAAAGUUAUGAACACCAUCCUUUUUAAGUUUGGGUUUACUUCUGUUUGUAGAGUUGUGUUUGGUUAUAAAGUUGGCACUUAGUUGAUUUGUUGAUUUCUAUCCUCAGUCCAAAGAUUUCCCCAUUGGUUUCAACAUUUUUCUUUUCUCCUUUUUUUUCUACUCUGAAGUGCGAAGGAAAAUUCUCUUCAUAAAAUUUGCUUCUGCUAGAAUCUAACAAUUAAUCAUUGAUUUAUUAAAAAUAUGUUUACUUACUAUUUUAUUAGGUAUUAAGUCAGGACUGCAGUCAAGACUCAACCAGCAGGAACAAAGCAUAAUGCAGCUACAGUCAGAUUCUUUAAAGCAUGAAUUAGCACAGCAGAAACAUGAGUCAGAUGUAGCACAGUUAAAGUGGCAGCUUGCUGAGCGGGACAAAGAGGUGUCUGCCCUUAGAAAUGAACUGGUACGAAGAGAGAAAACUGUGGAUAAACAGAGAAUGGAACUUGAGGAUGCUAUGAGGCACAUUGAAGAACUUCAAUAUGCACAGGUUUGGGAUAAUAUUAACCCUUUAAUUUUAAAAAGCAAUCAAUGUGUGACUUCGCCACAAUGUAUACAUGUGACAAAUUGUUGAGUUUGAAAAUGAAAAAAAUUAAACCAAUUUAUUAACUGUAGGAUGUUGAACCAGACUACAGGGAAGAGGGUGACAUCUACAGUAUAUGUAUGACCCACACAGUCACAUUAUUUAACCUCCAAUCAACCACAGAUCAGUUUGAUUUUCAGAUUUAAAAUUUAAAAUUUUGCCAUUGGAAACAACUCUUUGACAAAAGAAGCUCUGGAAAAAUUAUGAAUUGAAGGGUGGUCACUUUCUAGCAGCUGGUAUUAAUAUCCUACCAAAGUAGCUUAAUAAAAAUUUUUUUCUAUUUUAAGGAGUUGUUUUAAUAAAUGGUGUAUUGUUAAUAUCAGUUAAUUUGAAAAUGAUAUGUUUUGUAUUACAGGCAGGGACAGGAAGAAAAGCAGAUGAUCACUUAAUAAUUGAAUUGCAACAAAGGAUCAGAGAUCUUCAGGAUAAGCUUGAUUCUGUUGGUGUGUAUGAGGUAAGAAACUUAUAACAUUUCACAUCACUGUUAGAUAGAGGAUCUACACUUGUGUUAAAAUCUGAUGGUCAUGUGCAUGAUACUGGUAUUUUCUUGGUGUAAUGCUACUGCAUUUAGUAGAUUUUUAGCAUUAUUUCAAAUGUGGGAUUAUCUCAAAGGUGGUUGUUUAUUUUGAAAUCAUAUUUCUUAACUCACUGAUGAUAAAUGUGGUGAAUCAUUAGUGAAUAUUAGGUGAAGCAGAAACUUGGGUUAUUUUGCAGAACAAAUCCCUGGAAAAACCUGUGUCUGUUGGCUAACUGCCAGUACCUUAUUUUGCAUAUAUUUUUUUUCCAGAAAAAGGCAUACUGAUUUCAAAGGGUUUGAGACAGAAAAUACAGAGACCACUUUUACUUUACAAUUAAUUUGGAGUGUCUCUCAUCAUCUCUUUGAAUGAUUCUAGGCCACCAUCUCAGCUCGAAUUGCCACACAGGAUGAAAAGAUGGCAUCACUAGAGAACCAGAUUUUGAAUCCUCGUGAAGCAGUUGCUUCUCAUGGGCUAAAGGUGAGCUUGGAUAAUGUUUGCCAACUGCAUUCUGUUCACUUAAACAAUCAUUUAAUUAAUUAAUCAAGAAACAGUUUACUCUGCUUGUGAUUAGGGAUGCAAUUUUACAUCUGAUGAUGAAAGAUUGAUGUCCUUUUAUUUUGUUGGCAGAGAUCAGAGGAAUUGGAGGUGGUGCGUGAAGCUAUUGAAAGUCUUCGAAGCUGUUUCAGACCACAUGAUCCACAUCACCACACCCUAGAUACAUUAGAACAGGUGCUUGUCAGAACUUUUCUUUCUGUGACAUCCUUUCUGUCGCUCAUGUUAGAGCUAUGGAGAAUACACUUUAUAAAUGUAUUAUCACUAUUAUUUCAAAUUUUUGUUAUUUAUCCUCAAAAUAAUGUAUAAGUGUCAGUGUACUUUGCAACUCUGUGGCAAUAGGAGAAAAAGAGGAAGACAAACAAUAUUAGCUAAGGGAAAAAAAUGGUAAAAAAUUUCAUCUUUGUGUGCUAAUUGGUCAGUUUCAAAGUGUGUUGGGGGAGUUGGAAAUGAGGCUUUUGAUAAACAAAUCUAGGUGAGUGUCGAAGGAGAUAACUUGAAUGUAGAACUUUCAGCUUUCAAAACCCAGCAUAAGAUACUUGACUACUCUACCUAAAUUCAUGCAGUUAAGUAUUUGUCUUUUGGGUUUAGGAAGCUGAUUUGUGUGGAUAAAUUAAGCUGACUGUUUGGAUUUUUCUUUGGCUAUGAGUGCAAGGAUUUGGUAGAUGUGGAGAUGUGUGUUGCUAAAUGUAGUUACUUCUGGGGAGAGAAUGGGUACCACAUGUCUACCCUCAGCCUGCAGCAUGAAAGUCCAGAACAGUUGUUUUAUCGUAUCAAAACAAUCUCGUAGUCAAAGAAUGUUUUGGGCUUGCAUUUAUUUACUAUAGAUAUUUUUGUUUAUCUGAUAAGUUUUCCUUUUGUUUCCAGCGUGUAAUUGCGGUUCACUCUUCAGACCAACAAACUCACCCCUUCAAUUCUGAUACUGAAAAUGCAUCAAUUAACUCCAAGGUAAAUAUACUCCACAAGUUGAAAGCGAGUAUUUUUCCAUGCAAAUUUUAUAUCAUUUGUAUUUGACAUAAUCUUCAGAGUUUUGAGAAUUUGUUUCUCUUUUUCAGGGGGUGAAUGGAUUUGAACACAGCAAUGGAUACAAUGGCAAAUCACUUUCACAUCACCGGCAACUAGGUAUGUGAUUUCAUUUAACAAUCAUUACCAGGGGUCUCAUUAACUUUUUGCAGUAUAUUGCCGAUAGUGUAGAAGGUGGCUGAGCUAGGAAAAGGGGCUUUAAGGUGAAACCCUAACUUAAAACACCUGCUGGCAGGCAACACAGGGUUUUCCUGGAAAACCAGGAAAGUCCUUGAGAUUUAUUUUGACAUCUUCUAGGACUGAAAAGUCCUGGAAAUCUGCCUAACUCAAGCAGUAAAGUUUUAGGAAUUAAUGUGAUAAGAAAUGUAUCUAGUACCUCUUAUAACUACUUUAAGUUGUUUGGAAUUCUUGAAAAUUCUUCAGGUAAGAGGAUUGCUCAACCAAUUUGAAAAUAUAUUUUACCUGUCAUGCCCACAAUAACAGAGAACACUGAAUCUAGAGAUUGAUACAGUUUUGAUUUUAUUUAAGAGCACUUUUCUUUUUUUAAUUUCUUACUUCUGAUCUUUGGGACAUAGUGUUAGGGUAUGUCUAAUUUUUACAAUUUUCUCUUAAACAGUUAUUGUAAUAUAAUGUAAACAUUUUUUUAAUCUAUUAGAGAGUAAUGAGAGAGUUCAAGCAUCAGGAAUCAGCACCAAAGUGUUGUAUUUUACAGAGAAAAGUGUCACUCCUUUCCUUACAUCAAUACCUAGAAGGUUAGUUACAUGUUCAACUUUGUUAUUCUUGAUGGAUUUUAGGAAUUUAAGUAAAUUGUGAGAAAUUGCCAAUUACAUGUUUGUAUUAAAAAUAAAUUGAAAAUUUAAACUUAACCAAGGAACAGUUGGUAAAACUGAAAUUAUCUUUCAGUAUGAUAGGUUAACAAAUUCAUGCUUUGUCAUCAUUUGCAUCAAUUAGAUGUGUUCUUUUUCUCAAGAGGUUCUGUGACAUCAGUUUCCCUAGAAAUUUUGUUUCUUUUCAGACUCGGAGAAAUAACUUUAGGAGACUUCAAGGAAGCCAUUGACAGACCUGGAAUGUUCCGUUAUCACUUUAAAGCCUUAGAUCCUGAGUUUGGAACAGUUAAAGAAGAGGUAUGUAAAGGGUUAUUAAUACUAUGAUCCAAAGGUGAGAUAACUGACCAAAGUUUGUGAUAUAUUUGCAGUAUGAAGCUAGCACGAAGGGAGUUAGUUUCUAAAAAAACUGUGGUGCUAUGUCAGAGGGGUAUUACAAGUUAAUUUGGUUAUUAUCAGCUGAGUUCGUAAUGUAUUACUUAAUAAUCCAAAAUGCUGAUGUUUUGUGGGUUAGCUUCAUUUUGAGGGUUUACUCAAGGCUCAGGUUAACAUUCAAAAUGUCAGCCUUAGAAAGUCUUCACAGUGGCCAAUUUACAUUAAUUUAUUAACUCAAUUGAUGACCCCAAAUUGUCAUGAAGCUGGCAUAGUCUAUCUUGCAGCCAUAAAUGGGGCUUGCUGAUUGUCAUGUGAAGAAAAAUUAAAGACCAGCAGCACUUUAUAGACAGUAGAUGCCUUAAACUUAUGGCAACCAGAUACAGGGUGUGGUUAUGUAAUACUGGAAUAAAUUCAUAAAUUUCACCUUAACCUCCACUUCUUCCUCUGUGGCAGGUGAUAGAUGAUGGAGACAUAGUACCAGGUUGGGAAGGAAAAAUUGUUGGCUGGGUUGAGGAUGAUACAGGACAAAAAGCUCUUUCUGGCUACCAAGACCAAAUGACGUGACACAACAAUGCAUUGAAGAAGACUAGAUUAACUGUUAUUAAUAAUAUUGUGUACAUCAAUUUCAAAUAUGAUUAGGACCUUCAGCUGAGUUCCUGAAGCUGUCAACUUUAAAGUGUAUCCAUAAAUUGUAGCGUUGUUAUACUUUCAGUGCAACUAUUUGCUAACUAAGCAUUGUAAGUUGAAAAGUGAGCCCUAAACAUGGGCCCUUUUCUGCAUGAGCUCUGCCAUAGAGGUUGAAACUGAACCUUUUCUCUUAUUUAAGAAUUCCUUGUUUGGCUCUUUUUCUGUCAGUCAUAUUAAGUGCCUUAUUGAUGUACUGGUAAAUGUAGAGACCUCAUAAAGGAGGAAAUUGUACCUACUUCUUUCAUAAGACAGUAAAAAUGUUUAUGGCUCAUAUUAGUUGACAAAUGAAUAUAUUUAGUGGUUGUCCAUAAAUGGCAGAUAUUUUGUCUACACGAAAUACUCCAGUAUUGUGUGAUGACUUUAAAAUAAUUAUUGAAUUUGCUUAUUGUUUGGGUGAAAAGCUUGGCUUUUACAGGGUACAGAUAUGAAUGUGCUUCAACAACUCAGUCAUCAGAUGGGAGAUUAUAUUGUUAUUAUGAAUAGUUAUCUGUAGAUAUCACUUCAAAUAUGCAUACAUGUGAAAGAGGUGUAAAGAAAUCAUGAUAUUUUUUAUUUCAAGUUUGACCGGAACAUAUACACAUCUGCACUUAAAUUUAAACCAAAGCCUUUCUGUGGGGAAGUUGUGAUAUUGAAGUUUUAGAUCUAGCCUACUCCAGGCAUUCAGUUAGUGAAACAGCAAAAUAGCAUAAUGGUAAUGGAGGAGUGAAAAAGUGAGUGGGGUUUGGGUCAAGUUGGGUAAAGAAUGUGACCGGACCAAGACCUCCCUCUCUUUUUCACUCAUCUGCCAUCAUACUAUACUACUGUUCACUGUUACACUUUGUUUACCAAAUGAAUAUUUGGAACAGGCUAUUUCAGAUCCAGUUAGAGUAAAAGAAAUUAAAGUUUGGCCUUGCAAAUGGAGAAUUACAAUUAAGCAAUGUUGUUUCUUUUGCAUAGUGGCACAAUAUUACUAGUUGUAGCAAAGUUUGAAUUGUAGAGAUUAAAUGUUUAGAUAAGCUUCUCACAAAAAAUAUGUAAAUAUUUAUUGUCUAAAGGAAAUACAGAGGAUGUAAAAAAAGUGUGGUUGGGAUUACCCUGUUUAUACCCUUAACCCUUUACACCCUAAGAUCAGUAUCCAAGUUCCCUAUACUGUUCUCCAAACAUUUCUAAGGGUACAGACAAGGAGAAUUUGUCUUACAAUCAAGAGCUCAUUGAGUUUCUUGAUCAUUUCCUUUAUUCCCGUGACCUUUAUGUUUGAUUUAGGGGUAAUACUGUGGGGAGAAAUUAUAAGUUUAUCGCUCUUAGAAAUGAAAUGACCUGAAGACAAAUUAAAAUGAAACCAUUCAGCUGAAUUUUUAAGUUGUGGGGAGGCAACUAGGUGAUGAAAAAGUUUGAAGUGUUUGGUAUGAAAGGUCUAGCUUUUCAGAAAUUGUUAUGUUGGAUUAGCCAAACAUUAAGUUAAACACACCAACUGGUAAGUGUACGUUUAAGUAAUACU